CGGUUGCUGGUCACAUCACAUUCUAUGGAUGCUUCACUCGUAUCAUGACCCAUAUUUGGCUGCUGGUUGACAGGUUUUACAUGACCGUGAUUAUUGCUGCUUCUGUUGGCUCUGCUUCUAGUGGCAGCUGAAGUGGCGUGGGGAGUGAAUUAUGGACCAAAGGUCGUGACCUGCCCUGGAAGCACCGUGAUUCUUCCCUGUUCCUUCGCGUACCCCGAGAGUGAUGGAUCUGAAGUGACGCGGGCUGUUUGGAAGAAAGGCUACGCGCAUUCAUCACCUCACGUGUACAGCCUAACAGCUCCAGUGGCAUCGUAUAAGGACCGGAUGUCUCUGGUUGGAGACCUGAAGGAAAAUAACUGUUCCCUUAAGAUUAUCGACGUAAAUAGUUAUGAUGCUUCAACUUAUUUCUUUCGGUUUGCGGUGACGAAGGGCUUCACUGGAGCGGGAGGAAUUACGCUGGAAGUGAAAUAUCCAUAUAUACCCAGAUACAUGAAAGUAAAGUUUGACCCCGACAAAGUGACAGAGGGCAUGAAUGUGACUGUGAUGUGUGAGAGUGACAGCUGGCCCCCGGCUCACAACGUCACGUGGGUCAGAGAAAUGCGUAAUGGGCACAAAGAGUCACUGGCCACGUUCGGAGAAAGAAUAACAAUACGACGAGUACAGGUGGAAGAUUCCGGCUGGUACCAUUGCACAGCAACGAACACCAAAGGAAGUGGUAGUUCAUAUAAACAUCUACAAGUCUUGUGUAGAGGCGGCGUUGACUCCUCAGUGACGUAUGGGGCCAAGGUGGUGCAUGUGACGAAGGGUGCACAGGCCAUGCUCCCGUGCUCAUUUUGCACUGAAACGUUUAUUAAAUCGUCACACGUGGAAGGCUACUGGCUCCUCAACGAUGCGAGAGAUUUUGAAAACUUUGUCUACCGAGUCAGUGCCAAAUCCACAAGAAUAAUGGACUAUCAAGGCCGCGUGUCUCUACCUGGUGACCUGACAGCACGCAACUGUUCUCUACUCAUUGAAGACAUCAGAAUAUCGGAUGCAAACACUUAUUUUUUUUACUUGGAAGUAGAUCGUAAAGUAAUAGUUGCAAGAAUGGGAAUUGAACUGAAGGUUACUGCGGUACCAGACAGCAUGCUCGCACAGCAAGAUGUGCCGGCACUGGCGAUUGGAAAACCGGCCUCCCUGAGCUGCAGUGUAGCGAACGUGUACCCCAGGGGCUCGAUAAACAUCACCUGGUGCGAGGAUGUCAUCACUGGAGGAGUGAUCACGAAGACUGAAACGGCGCUUCCAGAUGGAACGUUCAACAUCACAAGCAGACUUAACUUCACGCCAUCAGCAGACCAUUAUGUGAAGAAGUGUCCUUGCUCUGUCGGGGGUGUAAACCUCCCGUCAAUGCUCCAGGAAACUAUCACACUCCAUUACGAAGACAAAGAUCACUUGGAUAUAGUCAAGCUGGUGGCUGUCGGAGUCGUUGCAUUGGGCGUGCUGUUUAUUCUGCUUAUCAUACUGCUCAUUCUGCGAAGACGGAGAAGGGCAAAGCAAAGCCGACCUCACGAGUGCCUGCAUCCAGAACUGAUGUCAUCGGCGCAACCUCCGUCCGACGACUGCAGCCUGGAUGCAAACCCGCGAGACGCGGUUCCGAGGGCUAGAGAUACGGGGUACGAUAAGCCUACCAGGGUGUCUGCAGACGAGGCUGUGUACAGCAAUGUGGAAAAGAAGCCUCGAAAGAUCAACAAAGGGGCUUCCAGUGCCCAAGGGCUGGGCCGUGCGGGCCCAGUAGUCGACAGUGCAACACUUUCAGACGCAACAGAUACAGUCCCCAGCACUCUACCACAGAAACAGCCCAGGACCUUGGAAAACGAGAACGCGGUAACCUACAGCAAAGUCAGCUUCAUGCGCAAGGGGCCAAGAGUUGUGUUGGAGAACCCUCGGCGGGAAGAUCAAGUGGAGGCAUGCUGUGGUCCGGCAGACGGUCAGACCACCCAUCCUGAGCAAGCAUCGAGGCCCUCAGGAGACGAAGACGGAGCUGGCCCCGGCUACGGCAGGGAUGGGGAUGAAUGCGCCGAUGUUGCCGAUGAAUGUGCCGGUGUUGGCGACGAUAAUUACGGAGGAGGCGUUGAGAACGAAGGCGAUAUUGUUUACGCCACUUUGUCAUUUGGCAACCCUCCAGAGAAAGACUGAACACAGCUUGAAAUGUACUUUUUUUUUGCAAAAGUGUGCAAAAAAAGUGCCCAUUCAUAUAGAGCGUAUUAAGAGCAACUUGCCACAUCACUUUUACAUUCCGUGUUGAAAGAAAAAAAACACAUUGCUUGAGUUAAAAUUGUAGUUCAAGAUAGAUUUUCUCAAUGCUCAAGUCAUUUUACAAGUGGAUGCAAUAUAGUUGAAAUAAUAUUACAGUCGAAAUUUUAUUGUAAGAGGUAUUGGCCAUGCGACUCCAUUAAUCCGCAAUUUUUAUUCGGGGGCUGCAGGAGCAGCUCGGACUGACUUGCUGCGACUCCAAUCUGUAAAAAAAAGUGGAUUGUUGGAGUUUCUCAAUGUUUAUUAUAUAAAAGCCGAAUUGACCAAUUCUGCGAUGUAGAUCUGUAGUUAAAGAUUUUUGCAUGUUGAGACUUAAUAUCCAAGUCAAAGUAAUGCAGAAAUGCUUAACUAUUCCACAGAUAACGUAAGCACAAUUUUUUCUGUUCUAGAUACACCUUUGUAUAUGUACUAUACCUCCGUUUGCCUUUGUAUAUCUGUCUUUGAUUGGUUUGUCUCUGUGCACCGAUAUUUUUAAAUCCUUUAUAUUAAGUUCGCUUGCUUGCGUGCUUGCUUGCUUACGACCGUGCAAAUCUUUCGGUCGUUUUUUAACCUACUUCCCGUGAUCCAAUCGAGCUGACAUUUU